AAAAUACACAUGCAUCUCACGGACGUCCCCAAAAUCGAAAUCCCUAGCCCUCUCUAGUCUCUUCAUCCGCCGUUCCCUUUCCCUCCCUCCCGCAGCCGCGUACAACCGUUGAUACUGUGGAGUCCAUAGUGCUCUGAGGUGGGGUUUUUUUUUUUUUUUUUUUCAGUAGCCGGAUCGUUCACCAUUAAUGGAUAUUGAAGAAUCUGUCAGAGAUGGCUCCCUUGUGUUGCUAAAGCAAGGAGCUGAGGCUAGGGUCUUUGAGUCGGAUUUUGUGGGGAGGAGGGCGGUUGUUAAGGAACGGUUCUCAAAGAAGUACAGGCACCCAACUCUAGAUGCUAAGCUUACCCUCAAGAGACUGAAUGCUGAAGCUAGAUGCACGACGAAAGCAAGACGACUCGGAGUUUCCACUCCUGCUCUUUAUGCUGUGGAUACUGUAUUGCACAGCUUAACAUUCGAGUAUGUCGACGGUCCUGCUGUGAAAGAUGUCCUCCUUGAAUUUGGAUCAAAUGGUAUAGUGGAAGAACGAUUGGACGAUAUUGCUAUGCAGAUUGGAGUUGCAAUUGCAAAACUACAUGAUGGCGGGCUUAUCCAUGGAGAUUUGACCACCUCAAACAUGCUAAUCAGGAAUGUUUCCAACCAAUUGGUUCUCAUUGAUUUUGGUCUGAGCUUUACAUCGACUCUUCCGGAGGAUAAAGCUGUUGACUUGUAUGUAUUGGAGCGAGCGUUGCUCUCAAUGCAUUCCUCUUGCGGGAAUGUGAUGGAUCGCAUACUUGCUGCAUACAGGAAAUCUUCAAAGCAGUGGUCAGCAACAUUCAAUAAGCUAGCUGAAGUUCGGCAGCGGGGUCGAAAACGCACCAUGGUUGGAUGAGCCAAGAAAUCUCCAUUGUCUACUUAUUCAUCUGCACAACGGAGAGAAUCAAGAAUCUCUGUGCAACGUAUUAUAAGUACCGUGAUGAGUUCGAGACUUUAUUAUUUUCUAAUAUCACUGUCGACAGUUGUUUCCAUUCAUGUUAUUACGCUUACUAUUAGACUUGUACAAUUUAGAAUCCGAAUUCAAGCCAAGCUGUAAUGUACUUCACUUGCCAAAUUCAGCUCGCCAAGCUGUGAUUUUGAGAAAUGGGUCUCGUGGAUGUCCGGAAACACACCGUAAACAUAUAUCAUAGGCUUGGCUACCCUGACCGACCCGCCGAUUAUCCACCCGAAAUCCGUCCAGAUGGUGACCUAAAUACCCGUUUGUUGUGGGUUUUUGGCGGAUUCGGGUUUGUCCGAAACCUGCGAGUUGUGGGUGAUGGGUGGCGAGGGAAUAAGUGGUAUCCGCCCUGCCCACACCUCUUAUCAUAAAACGACGUCGUUUUAGACGUCGUAUAUAAACCAAACUGAUCACA